GUGAGAGCAUCUGUCCUUCCGGAACAUCUGCUGAUUUGAUCAUGACACUUGGAACGAGGAAAGUUGCAGCAAACCCCACAACUAGAGUUGGACCCGAAAAUCAUGCAUCCGGUGCUUACCACCCCACGUGCAACACAGAACAAUUCUUGUAGAACACUCGCGAGUUCACAAGAUCAACGCAGAAAGGCUCUCCUCGGUGCGACAGGGAGAGGAUGGUUCGGAUGCCGGCGAAAGCAAGGUGGACCGGUUGCGACUGCCUCGCUCCGGCUUGAACUUCGUAAGUCCGUCACAAGCUUUUCGUUGUGGGAAAUGGAUUUGUACCGCUACGCUGCCCCCAGCUUCCGGGCAGACUGGGUUCACACAAUAAACCUGCAGGUGGCUUUCCCAGAUGACCAGGCUCGCCAAUCAGUUUCCCGGUCCCGCCUCACCCGCACAUAUACACACUCAGGGCGGCAUCCAACAACUGUCGACACAUCUAAUACCGGAAUCUCUGCCGUAAAAGUCCUCAUGAUAUUGUCAAACACUAUCGAAAUUGUUCCUACGCUUACAGUGGAAGCAUCUAGCAUGGUCUCUUCAAAACGGGCCGCAUCUGACGAUGUCACUUGGGAUCGCACACGGAAGGUGACAGCGCUUCCACUGAUUCGGUGCUCGUCAAUCACAGUGUGUCUAUAAUGACACGCCCGUGACAGGGCGACAGGAACCAGAAUGCAGCAGUUCCCAAUCGGGUAUCCCAAUCACCGGACCAGGCGAACGCGCGGAAACCCCAGUUCUUACGAGUAUCGGUGAUGAACCACUCGGCUGCUUACGGG